AUGUUUAUGGUUGGUAUCUAUGAUGAUGAAUAUGAAAUAUAUUGUGACUAUUUUGACAAGGAAAAGGAAAUGGCUGAUUUUAGUGAAUUAUUGGAUCCAUUUACGCAAUCAAUGUAUGAUUAUGUUAGACCUGUUUAUAUACAUAUUACAGAUUAUGAAUUAUUAUGUAAUUUGGCACAUAUUAUUCGAAAUGAAUUACUCGAAGAGGUUAUUAGUCACAGUACAAAGAUAUGUUUAAGUUUAAAACAAGUAUUCCAAAGAAUGCUACAAGAUAUUCAAGAAAGAUUGAUAUAUAUUAUUCAAACAUAUAUACGUGAUGAAAUCAGUCUACAUAAUCCAACUCAAAAUGAUAUCAACUAUCCCGAUGUAUUAAUCUCUGCACAAACUAUCGUUACACCACCUCCAACUCCUCCAUUAACAUCAUCUACAGAUAAUACGACCUCGACAUUGACAUCAUCACCUCCAUUAAUACUAUUACCACCAAACAAAUCAAAAGGAUUAUACCCAACUUUGGAAAAAACUCUUACUUGUUUAUCUAAAUUAUAUCUUGUUGUUGAUACCAAAAUAUUUGAAGGAUUGGCACAAGAAGCAGUUUUAUCAUGUAUGCAAUCACUUAUUCAAGCAAGUUCACUUAUUGCCAAUAACAAGUCAAAUCCACUGAGCCUGGUAGACUCUCAAUUAUUUUUAAUCAAAUACUUUAUUACUCUUCGUGAACAAAUCACUCCAUUUGACAUUAACUUUGUCAUUGAAAAAAUUGUAGAUUUUCCUCAACUUAAACAUGCAUUACAAUCAUUAUAUAAUUAUGGAUCAUUAUUUAAAUUUUCAACCAAUAAUCCAAUUUAUAAUAUUUUGUCAAGUGCUACCAAUCCAAGAGUGACAAGUACGAGUAUCGACGCUAAAAAGGAUUUGGAAAAAGAACUUAAAGGUGUCAUUGAAACAUUUAUCAUAUCCACUUCAAACAAGAUUAUCGAUCCUUUGGUAGCAUUGUUGACCAAGAUAUCAGUGUUUACUAACCAACAACAGCAAGCUGCUGCUACCCAACCAACAGCACUACUUUCAAGCCAACCAUUUGCAACAGUUGAACGUAUUAAAGAAGUUGUUGAACAGGUUCAUUCUCGUAUAGAGACUGAUCUACCACAGGUAGUUGAGAGAAUGAAGAUCUAUUUGACACCAUCCACUCUGGCACUGCUCUCCAAACCAAUACGUACCAAUAUCAUUGACAGUUUUGAUCAAAUCAACCAAUACUCGAAAAAAUACUAUACCGAUGACCAAAUCAAAGCCAUGUCAUUGAUGCCAAUGGAAACUCUUAGAGUAUUGUUGGAUAAACAUGUUCCAACUCAAAUCAUUAUUAAUCAACCAAAUAAAUAA